AGAGUUAGCUAUGAUGGCUUAAAGGAAUUUGAAAAGGAAAUAUUUUUAGACAUUGCUUGUUUCUUUAAAGGAUACUGUCUGCAUGAUGUCAUAAGCAUACUACAUAGUGGUCGUGGCUCUGCCCCAGACUAUGCUAUCCAGGUGUUGGUUGAUAAAUGUCUAAUAAUAAUUAAUCGACAUUGUGUGAGAAUGCAUGAUUUGAUUGAAGAUAUGGGUAGAGAAAUUGUAAGGCUUGAAUCACCCUCAAAACCAGGUGAACGCAGUAGAUUAUGGUUCUCUAAAGAUAUUCUUCGUGUUUUCAAACAGAACAAGGGAUCUGAUAAAACUGAGAUCAUCAUGCUACACUUGCCUAAAGUUAAAGAAGUGCAAUGGGAUGGAAUCGCAUUGGAGAAUAUGGAAAACUUCAAAAUAUUGGUGGUAGAAAAUAUUCACUUUUCUAGAGGACCUAGUGCUCUCCCAAAAAGUUUAAGAGUGCUAAAAUGGAGCCUAUAUCCUGAACCAUCCUUGCCUACUAAUUUUGAUCCAAAGAAACUUGUCAUAUUGGACAUGCCUAUGAGUUCCUUUACAUUCAAGAAUCAACUGAACAUGGUAUUAUUAGUAGCUAACAAUCUUGGGUUCUUGAUGUUUAUUUGGUCUUGGAUAUUAAUAAGUUAUAACUCCAUUUGA